AUGUCCUCCUUAGCCGCACCACCACCACCGCUCGCAGGACCGAGCUCAUCAUCGCACUCGACCUCGACCCCGUCCUCGUCUUCAGCACGUCCAGGGGCAAACGCAAGGCAGAUCUCCGCCCUCGUCCGCCACAUCCCCGCACUCACACUCCGCACAGACGACCUCUGCAUCCAUGCCUCGGCGAAUCAGGGUCGGGAACAGACACAAGCCGCCGCCGCCGCCGCCACUCUCCUCGCCGACCUCGACGCCGCUUCGGCCCGCCUCGUGGCCUCUGGCAUGGUCGUAGAGCACAGGUCCAGGCUGCAACGCCAGAUCGACGCCGACAUUGUGCGCACUAAAGCUGUCCUCGAGUCGGCCAGUAAGCAGCAGUCCCGCGGCGCAACAUCAUCAGCCACAGUGGCAGACAGCAGCCUCAAGAGGCCCAGAUUCACCGACACCACGUUCGGCAGCAGCUCGUCAAGGCCCACCCAGCCUCCCCUCGAUCAGUCCCGCGCAACACUCACCCCAGCCCCGUUCACCGCCGAUGACGACGAAAAGGACGACGACGACGACGACGACGACGACCUGGAAGACGACUCGGAAGCAGAGUCGGAGCUAACCGACCUCGACGCCUACGACCUCGAGCCUCGCAAGCCCCUGGGUGGUCUCAAGCCCACCGCGCCCUCCCCUGCCGCACCCAAAAAGUGGUCCGAGGCGGCCGACCAAGACCAGGACGUAGAAGCAGAGCUCGACGAGUACGACCGCGCCGCCGCAUCUCGCCGUCCCCGAGGGCCACAGGGCACCCCCACCACCUCGUCAUCAUCGCCCACCGGUCCGAACGCGCCCGCUACCGCAUCGCCGCCGCCGCCGGCCAACCAGUCCGACACGAUCCUCCAGUCGGACCGGGCAACGCACGAGGCGCUCUCGUCGGAGCUGCUCCGCAUGGCCUCGGUGCUCAAGACCAACUCGCUCGCCUUUGCCGACGCCCUCGAGCGCGACCGCAUGCUCGUCGAAAAGGCCGGCGACGGCCUCUCGUCCAACCUCGACCUCAUGACGCGCACCCGCGGCCGCCUCGGCAUCUACAGCAAAAAGGCAAGGAGCAUGGGCUGGCUCACCCUCGGCUCCAUCGCCGUCGUCGUCGUCAGCUGGGUCUUUAUGUUUUUCGUCAUCCGCCUCACCUAG